AUGUUGCAGAUACUCCUGGGCGUUAUCAUUUUGCUGCCCUGCAGCCAGGCCUUCCCGACUCCCGUAGAUAAAUCACUCCUCAAGGACAAUUUGGAUGAGGACAAAUAUAAGAAUUACCUUGACAAGUUCUUCCCACACCUUAACAAAACAGUCAGUCCUACACUGCAAGAACGAAUCAAGGAAAUGCAGAAAUUCUUCCAUUUGACCAUAACUGGGAAGAUGGAUACUGAAACAAGAAAGUUAAUGAAGCAGCCUCGGUGUGGAGUCCCCGAUGUGGCAGAAUUCCGAUCAGGCCCACGAGUAUGGAACAGGAAAGCGCUGACUUACAGGAUUAAUAAUUAUACUCCAGACCUGCCUAGACAUAGCGUGGAUCAAAUCAUACAAAGGGCAUUCAAUGUAUGGAGUGAAGUGACCCCGUUGACGUUCCACAGAGUUUAUGGACCUGCCGAUAUUGAAAUUUUGUUUGCAUAUGGCGCCCAUGGUGAUGGUAAUCCUUUUGAUGGAAGAGGAGGAGUUUUGGCCCAUGCUUAUUUUCCUGGAAGGGACAUAGGAGGAGAUGCCCACUUUGACGAGAGUGAGAAAUGGUCAGAACGCAACAGAGAAAUCAGCCUCUUCCUUGUUGCUGCACAUGAAUUUGGUCAUUCCUUAGGGCUGACACAUUCAAGAGUCCGUGGUGCCUUGAUGUUCUCUACCUAUUCGUAUAUGAACCCAAACACCUUCCGUCUACAUGACGAUGAUAGGAAAAGGAUUCAGCGCUUAUACGCAAUAUCUUUUUUUCUUCUUCAUCAGGAAGAAGACAAUGAAACCCUUGAAGAGCUCCGUUACUCAUCUCAUGAAAUGAAGGCUUGUUCGAGGCUUGCGAUGGUUGCUUCCCAAGGGAUAAUGGUGGGUCAAGGCUGA